AUGAAGAAGGGAAACCUGACACCAAAGACCAUCACGGCCCCUCUAGCCGCCUUCACCAUGGCCUGUAUCCUCUUCGCAGACAUCCUCACGGCCCGAACCAUGGACCCAGCAACAGCAGUCCGUCUUGAAAUUUCCAACGCCAUGGAGGUGAAUGCCGCAUCGGAUACACAGCGCGGCAAGUUGACCUGGUAG